GUUGUGUUCAUUCUACGAACAGCUGUGUAAAGUUAAACAAACAUUUUAUGCAUUCAAGCAAAUGUAAAAAGUAUACAAAUUGGGGAAAUGGAGGAAGUUAUUGGAGGAGAUAAGAGUCAGCGACCUGACGAGAAAUGUGUCUUAGACGAGGAACUAGUCAGACCGGAGGAGCCACUUGUGGAAACAGAAAAACAGCUUGACAAAAUAGAAACAUCAUUAACGAAAACUACAACCAAUCAUGAGAGCAAUGCCCCAGCACAGGCACCUGAUCCCAAAGAACCAAAAAAAUGCGUAUCUGGGGAAAAAAUUAAAGUGUAUGGUUACAUGAAAAAGAAGGUUCUGAGCCAUUUAGAAGAAAAUGGUUGUAGCCCUAGAAGUGUUGAUGAAGUGAUUACAGCUUCAAAAUUUAACAAACAGUCUAUACUCGAAUAUAUGAACCAGCGUAUAGAGAUGGCUGAAACUAAUGUACAUGAAGAGUGCGGAUCACUGAGUUUUAACAACAUUGAAGCCUGGCUAAAGCAAUUUAAAAAAUGGAAUUUGCCAGAGUUAUGCGCAUAUGAACCAGCCUUAGUUAUCAAUGCCAUAGCGAACAAUGAGGAUCUUCCUGAAACAGAAGAGCUAGAAGGCGUGGACUUAAGAUCCGUCUACAAAUUCAUAGGAAACGCAUUAUUUGGAUUACCGCAAGCUAAAUUAAAUGAAAAAAGUGCGCAAUUUUUGGCCAAUGAAUUUGAGAUUCUUGUUGGAGAAGCCAAUACGAAUGUUGGCGAUUGUGCGACAAUGCUCCUGAACAAUCGAUUACAAAACUACAAAGAGCUGCCGUGUUGCAGUAAAAAAGAAAAAUGUAGCAUCGACCCUUUAUGUCUAGAGGAUGAACAGAAAUUUACUCAAUAAUGAAAGGCGGGCACGCUCUGCCUAUUCCAAAUAAAAUAGAGCUAUACUAAUCUGUAUUUUAUAUUUUUUCAAUUGGUGAUUUUGUUCGUAAAUAUUAUAACAUCAUUGCAAAUAAAAUAAAAUAAUAUGUUGAUAGAAUUAAAACGCACCACUUUAAA